AUGGUUGGCGUGUGUACCAUCUGCUCGGUGGGAACUUCCAGCAGGUCGAACCCAAGUUUAAAGUGUCAAGGUUCAUGUGGAGGGGAAUUCCAUAUGAAAUGUGUCAAGCUACCGCCUAGUUUUUCGGAACUCUCGACUAAUACAGGGAUCUCAUGGAAAUGUGCGAGCUGUUUGCAGAAGAAUGAUUCAGCGCUGCUUCUGGACCAUAUGAUGCAGAAAAUGAAUCCACUGUUCUCGAGUGUGGCAGAAAUAAAAAAACAAAACAGUGAGAUGGUCAAGUCUUUAGAAUUUUAUGGCGGGAAAAUUGAUGAUUUCACAAGAAAAAUGGAAAAAUUUGAGGAAACUGUAAAGGCCGUGGAAAAUACUCAAAACGAAGUUAAGAUGCUAAGAGAAGAUAAUAACAGAAUUCGAAAUGAUCUAGAAUUUCUACAGCAACAGGGUCGUAUGAAAAAUGUUGAAAUAAGAGGUGUGACAGAGAAGAGGGGAGAAAAUAUACUGAGUAUUAUAGCCAAGUUAUGCGAGAUAAUUGAUUUCAAACUAGAACGUGAUGACAUCGACUCAUUACACAGGGUUAACUCUUUUCAAACCCCUAAUAAGUCUACUGAACCUAGAUGUAUUAUUUUAACAUUUACCAAGAAUGUCACGAAAAAUAUUUUUAUGCAGUCUGCCAAAUCAAAUAGAGAGAAACUAAGAGCAAAACUGAUUGAUCGGGAAUUUGAAGACAAACCGAUAUAUAUAAAUGAACACCUUUCACCUGGAAACAAGGUGUUAUAUAAAAAAACAAGAGAUCUCUGCGCAACUCAAAAUUUCAAAUUUUGCUGGAUAAAAGACUGCAAGAUAUUUGUCAAAAAGGCAGAUGGAGAUCGUGUCAUUCAAAUAACAAAUGAAGACUCUUUGAACAAAUUGAGAAAAUAACAUUCCACGUCUCAUCACCGAAUUGAACACGAUUAACUCCUGUGAACUCUAAACUAAAAAUGGGCCUUAAGAUUUACUACCAAAACACGAAUGGGCUCAGGACCAAAACAACGGAUUUUUUUUCAUCAGUCUGCAGUAUGGAAUAUGAUGUCAUAUGUAUUACAGAAACAUCGUUGGUAGAUGGAGUCUUCACUUCUGAACUUUUUCCAGACCAAUAUACUGUUUUCAGAAGAGAUCGUAACUUAGAAGUCAGUGGUAAAAGUGACGGUGGGGGUGUUCUUGUGGGGAUUAAAUCUAGUUUGUUUGGCCAAUGUAUAUCCAAAUGGCACUUUGAUGGAAUAAUUGAACACGUCUGGGUGUCCAUAGCGUUGACGGCUGGUAAGAAGAUUAAUUUAUGUUGUAUUUAUGCACCUCCUCAUGCAACUUUACAAGAUUACCAUAUUUUCUUUGAUAAUCUGGAAAGACAUGUAAACAAUAACGAGAAUGGCAAAUUUAUACUACUAGGCGAUUUCAAUUUACCUAAUAUUCGAUGGAGUUAUGAUGAACCUACUUCUGAUUCUUGCCUGCCUAGCAGUGCUGUGGACCCAAUU